AAAGCUCUUUCUUUCACCCUUUCUGCCACACAUCACUCUCAUCAGUGGCAGCAGCAUUAGUUGCAGGCUCGCAGCACUGCUACUGCUCACCUUGCAGUUAAGAACACCCUACCAAAUAUAUAUGUAUAUAAAGACACCUUUUUUUCUAUAAUAUAUACAUAUCUACUUAUUUAUAAAGUUUUGUUUUUUUAAUUGUGUUUUUUUUCCAAUUAAUUAAAGGUAAUAAAAGCUUGAUUUGAUAUCUUGGACAAAAAAGACUAACACCACAUCACCCGUCUCGUUAAUAAAAAUUGUGUUUUUUGAGGUCUUGACUUAAUUUCCUUUUUUCCCCCUUUAACUUUUGCAAUGCCAACAAACCAUUGCUUUUAGCUCUAAAAAUGCAGUCAUGAAUGAAAUACCCUCUUCUUCACAUCUCACUACUUAGCUUUUCCAGAAAAACCAUUUCUUUCCAAGUUUUUUGUGUGUGGAAUAUCCAAUGGGGGAAUUAAUCGAUCUGAACACUAUGGAAGACAAUGAAACGCCAUCAUCUGGUUCUUUAUCUCCAUCUUCUUCUUCAGCUUCCGGGUUAAGUUCUCCUGGUUCUGCGUCUGGUUCGGGUUCUUCAGUUUGUUUAGAGCUUUGGCAUGCGUGUGCUGGUCCACUUAUAUUUUUGCCGAAGAGAGGAAAUGUAGUGGUGUAUUUCCCUCAGGGACACUUUGAACAAGUUUCCGAUUCUCCCGGUGUAGUUGCAGCUUAUGAUCUCCCUGCCCAUGUGUUUUGUCGGGUUGUUGAUGUCAAGCUCCUUGCUGAGGGUGCCACAGAUGAGGUUUACGCCCAAGUGUCACUGAUUCCUGAAGCUGAGCAAUAUGAGCAGAAAUUUCGAGGAGGGAAGACACAGACAGAUGGUAAAGAGGAGGAUACCGAAGCCAAUAUCAAGUCAACAACGCCCCAUAUGUUCUGCAAGACACUUACUGCUUCUGAUACCAGCACACAUGGAGGCUUCUCUGUUCCUCGCCGAGCCGCCGAGGACUGCUUCCCUCCCUUGGAUUAUAAUCAGCAAAGGCCAUCACAAGAGCUUCUUGCGAAAGACCUGCAUGGUUCGGAAUGGAGAUUUCGACACAUCUAUAGGGGGCAACCACGGAGGCAUCUACUCACUUCGGGAUGGAGUGCUUUCGUGAAUAAGAAGAAGCUCAUCUCUGGAGAUGCGGUGCUUUUUCUGAGGGGCGAGGAUGGAGAACUCAGACUGGGAAUUCGAAGAGCUGCUCAAAUUAAAAAUUUCUCUUCUUUCCCAUCUUUGUGCUGCCAGCAGUUGAACUGCAACACUUUUGCAGACGUGGUCCAUGCUAUUUCUAUGAGAAGUGUAUUCAGCAUUUGCUAUAAUCCGAGUAGGGCAAGUUCAUCGGAUUUUGUAAUACCCGUGCAUAAAUUUUUGAAUAGUCUUGAUUUUUCUUUCUCUAUUGGAAUGAGGUUCAAAAUGCGAUUUGAAGGUGAAGAUGCAGAAAGAAGACACUCCGGAGUUGUAACUAGAAUUAGUGAUGUGGAUCCUGUUCGAUGGCCUGGUUCAAAAUGGCGAUGUCUGCUGGUAAGGUGGGACGAUAUCGAUGCCAACAGGCAUAGCAGGGUUUCUCCCUGGGAAAUCGAGCCUUCUGGUUCAGUUUCUAAUUCCGAUGACUCGCCCGCUCCCGGUUCGAAAAGGAACCGGGUAGGAAAAUCUGAAUUUAUGGUUCCUGAUGGAAUUGGAGUAUCCAACUUUAAGGAGUCUUUGUGGUCCCAGCAGGUCUUGCAAGUUCAAGAAAAUUCUGGUUUUAACACUCUUUAUGAUGCUUCUGAUAGUCGGAAUAUGCAUCAGUCUGAAACUAGGCGUUGCAGUCCUGGUUCUUUUGAUUCUAGUUUUGGUGCAGUAGGAAAUGUUGGUGGGGACCCACUGGCGAGUCCUGAUAUUUCCUUUAAAAAUGUAGGCUUUGGGGAAUCUUUCCGAUUCCAUAAGGUCUUGCAAGGUCAAGAAAUUUUUGCAACUCGAUGUCUAAAAGGUUCAGCUGCAGAUGAGACUCCAGAAAAUGGCAGUCUUGGUCUCCCUGAUGCUGGUCGGUUGUUGGGAGCUAGAAGUGGAUGGUCUUCCACGAUUCAGGGGUAUAAUCCUCAUAGUCGUAUACGGCAGUCUGUGCCAUCUGCACAAGCGUCCUCACCGUCUUCAGUGUUAAUGUUCCAACAAAUAAGAAAGUUAUUUCCAUCAACUGGUGAACAUGAUUCCCGUGGGAGGUAUCUUGGAAGCUCGGAUCCAUUCGGUCAUUCAAUUGAUUCUGUUCAGUUCAGUGAUACUCUACCUCUAGCAGGUCAACCAGCAUUUAAGACAAGUCAAGAAUUAGAUUCCUCCUAUAGAAGUAGCUGCAGACUGUUCGGUUUCUCCUUGACCGAGGGAAGACGUGACGCUAACAAGGAAGAAAACAUGGUGCAAGCAACUUUAUCAUUGGCUCCCGGUGUUUUUGUACCUUGUGUUGGAGAACAGUUUCACCCAAAUUCUCCAUCAACGACGAAUACAGUGGGAAGCAAUUGUACCAAAGCUAGUAACCUCUAUGCUGUCAGAGAUAUGGCCUUUGAUAUUGCAUCGUAAUGUAGCCAUGGAAGUGCUGGUCUGGAGUUCUGUUGACAGGGUCUCGAAAGAUUGAUGAAUACGAUACAGCGGUGCAAUCGGAAUAGCUAUAACUUUACUAGGACUGCUUAUCAUGGGGGAGAAAGGAUUAAAACUUCUUCAGGAUGAUUAUUCACCUGGUGUUAGGAGAUUAAACACUGAAGUUUUAAUUUUCUAUUAACAAUAAUAUAUUGUUGUUUCGGAGCAUUUUACUUGUCCAAAACCUUGAAGUAUUCUGGAGUGUUUACAUUGUUGAUAUAGAAAUAUUAUUCCAGUUUCACACAA